AUUGAUUUUGAGAAUGUCCUUUCUCAGGAAGAUAGAAAAUUCUAAUUGGAAAAUUUUUGUUUAGAGGAAAAAUAAAUGUCACCCUGUAUUGAGGUUAUGUUUAUCGAAUCAAUUGACAUAGUGUCCGGGAAUUACGUGAAAUUGCUGGAGAAAAUGUGUGAAUUUGUUUAAAAAUUAUCCUGUGAAAUUGGUCAAAAAACACUUAAAACUAUGGCACUGUGUCUUAGGAGUCUCCCGACACGCUAUGUUCCCAUCAAUGCAAUUAUUUGCACCACAAAACCACAUUUUGGACAGAAGCAGGAUGAACAGUGGAAUUCCGUGACUAAGUCUCAAAGUCGGAGAGAAAUCUUCCCGGAUAGCUCCAAAGAUGAGAUUUUGAGGAUAAUCGAUAGGAAAUACAGAGAGGAGAUCUCUUUAAAGUAUUGCACACCCAAUGCCAUUGACAAAUUCGCUCAGGAAACUCCUGGUGGGCAGGCAUCCCAAUCAUCUGGCGAUUCACAUCCCAACAAUGAGGAUCUUGGAAAAGCUUUUGAUGUUCUCCGUAGAACUCUACCCAGGCUUUUCAUCCAGCCAAUGGAUUACUCAAUCUAUAGUCCAAAUUUAAUUUUUGAGAAUAAUAUCACGGGAAAGAGGACAGUAGGACUCUAUCACUAUGUUAAACAAGUGGCUCUCUUGAGGACUGUCGGACACCUCAAGUUCGCUUAUGUAAAAUUCGAAGUUAUUAAAAUUACUCAACAUCCGGAAGAUUACACAGUCCGGGUGAGGUGGCGAAUUCGUGGGAUAUCUGCCCUUAAAGUUAUGUUCACGUUCUGGAAGUAUAAACUGUGGAAACUCAAGGAGACCUUCGACAAUUUAGAUUCGUGGUAUGAUGGAUUCUCCACGUUUUAUAUUGGAAAUGAUGGGCUUAUCAUUAAGCACGUCGUGGAUAAGAUGAUGCCCGAUGAGAGUCGGGAGGUGAAUAAGGUGCAAGUGUUCCCCAUGGUGGAAGGAAGGCCAGCAACGCCAGCAUAAAUGGAAUAGAAAUUGGACAUAAAUUUAGUUGAAAAAUAAAUCCCAAAAUAGAUUUUGCUAUUUUUCGCCACCAAC